GAAAACCAGAACCAGAAUGAAUGAAGGAACGAAUGAAUCAAAGAUCAUGAAAUUUCUCCUCUUCCAAAUUCAAACUCACCUCUGUACGCACAGCAAUCCCAUUUUCAACCCAUCCACGUAAAAACAUAUAUAUAUAUAUAUAUUGAGAGAGAGAGAGCAGACAGAUUUUCAAUCUUGAUCGGAAAGUGCAGAAAGAAGCCAUUGACGAUGAGCGAUGCAAUUGUGCAGAAGGCUCUGUCCAGUUUGGGCAAAGGCUUUGACCUAACCUCCGAUUAUCGCCUGAAAUACUGCAAAGGCGACGAUCGCCUCAUCCUCCUUAACGAUUCCGGCGGCCGGAGCCUCACAAUUCCCGGCUUCGGAACGUUCGCCGGCGUCCCCGUCGAUAUCAGGUGCGAUAAAGGCGAGCGGAUGCGGUACCAGUCCGACAUCCUCGACUUCAAUCAGAUGUCGGAAUUCUUCAACCAGAAGUCGUCGGUGCCGGGGAAGAUCCCGUCGGGAGUUUUCAACUCCAUGUUCGGGUUCCAGAGCGGGUCGUGGGCCGCCGACGCGGCGGACGUCCGCCAUUUGGGCCUCGACGGCUACUUUAUCAUACUGUUCAACCUCCGCAUCGAUCGCUACCCGCUCGUCCUCGCCGACGACGUCCGCCGCGCCGUUCCUUCCACCUGGGAUCCUUCUGCCCUAGCAAGAUUUAUCGAAAAGUAUGGGACACACAUAAUAGUGGGGCUAAGCGUAGGCGGGCAGGAUGUGGUCCUGGUGAAGCAGGAGAAGUCGUCGACGAUGGAGGCCUCAGAGCUGAAGAACCAUUUGGACAACCUCGGAGACCAGCUCUUCAAUGGGGCCUGCACAUUCUCACCAGCAUCAUCAUCACCCCAUAAUAAUCAUAAUUGUAAGAACAAAGUGCCAGAGGCCUUCAAUGUGUUCGAUCCACACCCAAGUCUUCUCAGCAACUAUCCCACCGUCACUGCCAAAGACGGCAUAAGUGUGAUAUGUUCCAAGAGGGGUGGGGAUUCAUCAGUGAGCAGCCACUGCGAAUGGCUGCUGACGGUGCCGUCGAAGCCCGACGCCAUUCACUUCAACUUCAUUCCCAUUACAUCUCUUCUCAAGGGAGUCCCCGGCAGAGGCUUCUUGUCCCACGCCAUCAAUCUCUACCUCAGAUAUAAGCCUCCCAUAGGCGACCUGCAAUACUUUCUGGACUUCCAAGCCCACAAGAUUUGGGCGCCCAUCCACAACGACCUCCCGCUGGGGCCCACAAGAACCAAAGCCCUUCAUACGCCAGCCCUUCAGUUCAGCCUCAUGGGCCCUAAGCUCUACGUCAAUCCAACUCAGGUAACCACAGCCAACACUCCCGUCACCGGAAUCAGGCUCUACCUUGAAGGCAUCAAAUGCAACAGGCUAGCCAUACAUCUCCAGCACCUUGUGAACCCUCCGGUCCUCCUCCAAGACCGGCUCCACCCGACGCCGACGUGGCGGGGAUCGGAGCAAAUUCCCGACAGCCACCGCUACCUCCUCCCCAUACAAUGGAAGAAAUUCUCCCACGUCUGCACAUCCCCCGUCAAGUACGACCCCAACUGGGUCGACCCGGGACAAACAGACACGACGGCCUGCAUUGUCACGGGGGCCCAGCUCCACGUCAAGAAGCUCGACUCCCGGACCGUGCUGCAUCUCAGGCUGUCCUAUUCCCGGGCAUCCGGCUGCUGCAUCGUGCAGUCGAACUGGAUGCAGUGCGCGACGGAGAAUCACUCGAUGAAGUCGGGAUUCUUCUCGUCGAUCAGCACGUCGUUUACCGGGAUCAAUGCAGAGAAGGAGAAGCAGCCGGCACAGGUGAUCGUAGACUCGGGGGUGUACCCGACGGGGCCACCUGUGCCGGUGCAGGCGCAGAAGAUGGUGAAGUUUGUCGACACGGCGCAGAUGUGUCGGGGGCCGUCGGAUAGCCCCGGGCAUUGGAUAGUUACUGGGGCAAAGCUGGAUUUGGAGAAGGGGAAGAUUUGUGUUAGGGUUAAGUUCUCUUUGUUGAAUCUGUGUUCUUGAUUUGAUUUGAUAUCAUAUGAAGGUUGAUCAUUUGUAAUGAAACACAUCAUGUACAACAAGUAUAUAAAAAGGUCACAUAUCUUGAUUCUUUUAAAAAAGA